AUAGCCUUGAAGAAUCAUUCUUCUCAUCUCCCCUCGCUCUGUUCCUUCUUUUUCUUCGCUGGCCUUUCCUUCAGUUCAACUUUCUGCUUCUCACUCUCAAAUGAAAAUGACGACUUCAAAUUCGAGAACCAGAUCCAGUGGACCAGUCUUGUCGUACGGGAUUCAGAGAACGAUCUCUCCGUCGUCGUCGACGGCUUUCGCGUCUGCAAGUUCGAGUUUCUCUCCCCGAUCUACUGGUUUCUUCAAUAGAUCAACCUCUCCUACUCGCGUCAAUCUCAAUGGUUCCGUUCCUUCUUCUCCGAAUGUUCGGUUUUCGAUCGACCGAUCUCUGUCUCCAAGCAGAUCGAUUGCUGCUUCUCCUCGUGAUCACGUCGUGGGAAAGCAGAGCAAUCAUCUGCCCGCUCAAUCAUCUACGAAGAGGACGUGUAUGUGUUCGCCGACUAAUCAUCCUGGUUCGUUUCGUUGCAGUCUACACAAAGGUGUCGAUAAUCAUCAUCAUCAUGCGGAAUCAUAUCCAGCGUCUCAUAGAUUGAACGCCCGGAGAUCGGCGAUGACGAAUUCGCUUGUUCGGAUCUGUACUGUUGAGGGAGAAUUGGUUAAGAGAGCUUUGGCAGCUUUGAUCAGACCUUCUUCUCAUCAACAGAAGAGAAGAUCGUCGUUCCAGCCAAGACCUAGCCGGCUUUCUGUCAUGUCAAAAGCGUAAGACUAGUGAUCAAUCGAGCCAGGUUCGUUUAAUUCAAUUAUAUUCCUCUAUCCUCCUCUGUAAAUCCUUGUAUUUCCAUUGUGUUUCGGCACUGGAAAGGAACCCUUUUCUUUUGGGGCUUUUAUGGAGAGAGCAGAAGCUUAGCGUGGAGCAGCAGAUUGAGGUCAAGGCACCAAGAGGUUUCCUUUUUUCCUUUGUACAUCUCUAGAGAUCAGAGAACGGAGACCAGAAACCUAAAAACCUGACAGGACAAACUUGUACAUACCAAUUUUGCCACUAAUGAUGGCAGUUUGAAGGACUUGAUCAGAUAUCAGAUUUCACGGUUGACCUAAAAUUAAGAUAUAAUCCAUUAAUUAACCAAA